AUGAAAUUUUGGUUUAAUCACAUGGUUUUGGUCACCAUUGCCAUCGUUUUCAUCGUAAUUUCGAAAAACGCGAAAAAUGUCCAGACGAAUCCGGUUGCAAAUAAUCAAUCAUAUCCAGAUGUCAACAACAUCACCUCGGAAUCAUCUGAUUGGGUUUUUUCAAAUUCAGCAUUUAUAGGGGCUGGACUCCUAAUUAGCCCUGUAUAUAGAUUCAACAUCCUCGACUACAUUUGUGGGCCGGGUUACACUAGGACGUCUACCGGAGAUUGUAAACUAAAAUUUCCAGGCAAAUAA